AUGGGCUUGCUACUGAAGCGGAAAUUUUCAAAUUCAAAACCUAAUAAAAAUAGAACUAAAAAACAAAGAAAUUCAAGAGAUCAUCAUCGACUACAAGACGAAACUGAAUCUUCGUUUCAAUCAUCAAUAUCAAAUUAUACUUCAAGACCCUCUGAAGAUAGAUCAAUUGCAUCUGGUCCUUCUAUUUUAAAUAUGACAAAACCAAAAUCAAAUACUGUUCAUAGAAUUGUUUCUCCAAUAAAUAAAACAAGAAAUGAAAUUCCAAAUAGUAGUAAUACUAAUGAUCCUACGGUAGUUCAAUCUACCGUUUUAAAUGAUCAAAUGGUUACUCCCAAAAUAAUAGAAUCACAACCAAAUGGAAUUCCCAAUCGAAAUAAUGAUUUUGCAAUUAAUGAAUUUAACGGAACAAGUGAUCCAGGAAUAACUCAAGAUCCUGGAAUUGCAAUAAAUAUAAUGCGACAGUCUACUAGAGAAACAGAAAAUAAUCAUACAAGAGACAAUCAAGGACAAUAUUUACAAACUCCCAAUCAAGGAAAUCAAUCAUCAUCUUCAAAUUCAUCAAUGAAUAAUACUUCACAAAAUACUCAACCAACAACAGUUCCACCUGAACAACCAAAAGAAUCUGGAGGAAUAAUAUCCUUUUUAACUGCAGCCGCAAAUAAAAUGUCAUCAACAGCAAUUCAAUAUGAGGAAAAAGAGAAAAAGAAGGAUCAUUCACUAGUAAAUAAAAUUGAUAAUUUUAUAAAAUCAGUUAAACAUGAAGAUACUGCAAAAACUCCUCCAGAAAGUAAUGGAUCCGCCACUACUCAACAACAAGUACGAAACUCAAAUGAAUUAAAAUCAUUACAUUCAGCUCAAAACGUACAAUUUGAACCAAUAAGAGAAAGUCCCUUAAAUACUUUGGGGAAUGGGGAUCUAACAUUGGAUGAUUUUGUACAUUCCAACAACAAUCAACAACAAGUAAAUCCUAUAAUGAACAAUAAUCAAACAAUAGCGACCAAUGUUCCUCAAAUUAUAACAAACGAGUCACCAAAUAUUCAUAGAAAUGUAAGUCCUGAAAUAAUCAACAAAACUUUACCACAUGGUAACCAACUACAAGCCACAUCUAAUGGAUCAGACGUGAAAAGAGUUCAUAGAUUGUCAAUAAAUGGGCAGGCACCAGAAAGACAAUUAUCCAAUGGUAGAAGUUCAAUUCUUGAUUCACAAGUUUCAAAUCUGAAUGGGAAUACCACCAAUAUAAGUAAUAAUGAUGAUUCAAAACAUCUUACUGAAACUAGAACAAAAGAAGAAGUUGAAAACACUUCAAGUUCUGAAAAUGAAGAUUUAGAUAAUGUAAUAGAUUAUUCCAAAAAGAUUAAACAUGCACCAGAAAAGGAAAAUGAGGAAUUUCAUUCAACUUUUAAAAAAAUACCUAAAAAAGAUAAAUUAAUUGAAGAAAUAAGUUGUGCAUUAUCAAAAGAUAUAUUAGUUCAAGGUAAAAUGUAUUUAAGUGAUCAUUAUGUUUGUUUUAAUUCAAAUAUUUUAGGUUGGAUAAAACAUAUAGUAAUACCAUUAUCAGAAGUCAUACAAAUUGAAAAAAAAUCAACUGCUGGUUUAUUCCCUAAUGGUAUGGUUAUAAAAACAUUACAUCAAAAAUAUACAUUUGCUAGUAUAAUUGGAAGAGAUACAGUAUUUUCAUUAAUUACAAAUGUAUGGCAUCGAGUACUUUUAGAAAGUUCAGAUGUUGACCCUAAAAAAUUACGUAAAGCUGCAAGAUCAAGAGCUGCAACUGUCGGUUCAAUGUCAACUAAUGGUUCAAAUAUAAGUUCAAGUGGUGAUUCUUCAGGUGAUGAAGCACUGGGUGGAUCAGGAGAAGAUGAUGAUGACUCACUGGGUAAUGAAUCUGAUGAUGAAGGAGAAGAUGGUAGUAGUGGAGGUGAAAAAGCAGCAGCAGCUGGUGGUGGAGGUGGUAGUGGUGGAGGGGAUGGAGAAUUUAAAGGACUUCCAUUAGUUGGACCAUCAACUCAUGAACCAACAGAAACAGGAUAUGAAAAAUCAUCAGAUGAAACAUUUAUAGCAGAAGAUAUAUUAAAAGCUCCCCCAGGAGUAAUAUAUUUAUUAUUAUUUGGAUCAGAUACUUCAUAUUUUAUAAGAAUUUUAAAAGAUCAAAAAAAUUUUGAUAUUGAUGAAUCAGAAAUUCAUGGAUUAACAAAAGAAAAAAAAGAUCGUCAUUAUACUUAUACAAAACCUUUAGGUGGUAGUAUUGGUCCAAAACAAACAAAAUGUAUAAUUGAUGAUCAUUUAAUAGAAUAUAAUCCUGAUAAAUAUUAUGAAAUUGAACAAACUACUCAAACUCCAGAUGUACCAAGUGGUAAUUCUUUUAAAGUUAAAACCAAGAUAUUUUUAAGUUGGGCUGAAAAAAAUCAAACCAAAAUAUAUGUAUUAACAUCAAUUGAAUGGAGUGGUAAAUCUUGGAUAAAAGGAGCAAUUGAAAAAGGAACAAUAGAUGGUCAAAAAGAUAGUAUGAAAGAUAUGAUUGAGACUUUAAAUUCAAUCAUUUCAGAAGGAGGUAGUGGUAAAAAAUCAGGUGGUGGUGGAGGUGGUACAGCAUCAUCAAAAAGAAGAGGAACAAGAAGUAAAAGAAAUACUGAAAAGAAACAAGAAGAAAUUAAACCAAAAGAAGAACCUCCAAAAGGAAUACUUGAUCAAAUCUUGGUAUUAUGUAAAUCAAUUGGUGAAUUAAUACCAAUACCAAUGAUAGAUAGUACAAUUGUGGGUAUUAUUAUUUUAGUAUUAUCAUUUUUCAUUGCUGUUUAUAUAACAAAUAAAAUAAAUCAUUUAUUAUUUUAUAAACAAGAUGAUUAUAAAUCAAAAAUAUAUUGUGAUGCAGAAAGAGAUGUUUGGGAAUGGAUUAUUUCAAGAAGUAAUGAAAAAUUAACAAAUCCUUAA